AUGAAACGAUUUGUUGCCAAUCUGAGCUCCUUUGCUCGUCUUUCGCCUCCUGUACCUACUGUGAGAGUAGGUAAUCUGGGCUUUGCCAAUCAGCCACGCCAUGUUGCCCAAGUUGCUCAGGCCCUUCGAGAAAGCGGUAUCUUGAAGAUCAGCCUCCAGUUCACAGAUGACACCAGCCAAUACCUUCAUAACAUGCUCUUGAGCCUUCAUAAACACCAUGGUCACGGUCUUCCCAUCACUCAUAGUGCAUCCCACGGCUGGUUUUGGGAUGUACGCCCCAACCCAAUCACUUUUCAAAGUCAAAAUUACCAGGCCCGAUCCGAGACGAUGCAGGAGUUCCCAUGGCAUACCGACUGCAGCUACGAAGAGUCACCUCCGCGUUUUUUCGCCCUGCAGGUGCUUCAACCCGACCGUUGUGGCGGUGGUACCCUCUCUGUCAUGAAUGUCGAACGCCUCAGCCACUUGCUCUCGGCAACGGCUACCGCCGCCCUCAUCAAACCACACUUCCGCAUCGCCAUUCCGCCCGAGUUCAUCAAGAAGGACAAUCAGUGCCACAUAAUUUCCAAUCUCAUGGCGGCGAGCAAGCCCGGGCGGCCUGCCAUGGUGCGCUUCCGUGAAGACAUAGUCACCCCAUUGAACCAUGACGCUGCCGCCGGCCUUGCAGAGCUCAGGCAGUGUCUGCGCAUCCUGGAUAGGCGGGAAAAUGCCCUGCAUCUCACCCCUGAGCACCUACCUCGAGGAUCGAUUUUAAUCAUGGACAAUAGCCAAUGGAUGCAUGCGCGCAACGCAGUUCAAGAUCCUGACCGCCACUUGCGGCGAGUGCGCUGGGAUGCCCGUCCAUUUCCGGGAGCUUGUCAUUAA